CGCCCCCAGAAAUGCCCAGACCCUCAUCAACCUCACACCCCUCCGUCCUAUGAAUUGUGAUACAGGAGAAGCCACACAACCCCUCCCAACACGGCCACGUUCCCUUUCCACACACCAUAUGCAUACUCUUCUCCUUAACGUGUCCUCCCCCUUCCCCACUCAUUUCCCCGACAACUAAGUACUGAGCUUUGUUGAAGAAGAAGAAGAAGAAGAAGAAGAAGAAGAAGAGUAAGGAGAAGGAGAAGGACCAUAGGUUUCGUGACCAAAGCUGCAUGGAGCCCUCGGACUACUCCAAGGAGGCGCCUUUGCCAAAAAUAGAGACGACCCACUUGCCGAAAGAGCACACUAAUGUCUCCGAACCGUCGACGGAGGCCGUUACUGCCGUAGAGAGCGAGGCGGAGAAUUUGGAUGAGCCCGGAAGCUCAGAUGCUUCUGCGGCGGCGGCGGCGGCCAAGGAGGAGGAGGCGGCGGAGUGCGCGAGGGAGAGGCUGAAGAGGCACAGGAGGGAGAUGGGCGGUCAAGUUUGGAUACCGGAGAUGUGGGGUCAGGAGAGCCUGCUGAAGGAUUGGGUGGAUUGUGCCGCCUUCGAUAGCUCGCUCGUCCCCGCCGGCUUGGUGUCGGCGAGGGAGGCCCUGGUCAGCGAGUGUAGGCGCCAGACAAGUGCGAGGCCUUUGCAGAUCCAAAAUCGGAGACAUGACGGAGAGCAGAGACCAAGAAUUUUUACAGUAAAACCUUCACUCAAGGGACAAUCGGAAUUAUAGAUUUGGCAUGCAGAGUGUUCUCGUUUGAUUCCAUAUUAUAUGUGAAGUAUAUCUGGAACUUUCAAAGGAAUAAAGAGUCUUCCAGUAGGUUAAUUUGUAGAAAACAAAUAUUCUUAUAGUGUUAAUAAUGCUUUAAUGAAGUUAAUACAGAUGUAUAUAUAUGAUAUUUGUUUCACUGGUUACUAAUUAUACGUCGUUUGACAAAUAAA